AUGACUCAAUCGUUCGGGGCGGCUUUCCGCUCUUUCUGGCACACCAUGACCAGCAACGAUCGUCAUUCCAGCUACGAUUCCCCCUACCGGACAGGCAGGCACAUGCCGCUGAACAGGCAAUCUACACUCACAUCGGUCGCCACGGCCUCUGAAUCGCGCGCCGACAUCACAUCCCCCUACGCCGACGAGACCGGCCGCUUGUCGUCAGUCGACACAUCCACGGCCUACAUGGGUGCCGGUAUGCCUGCACCAUCCCCAGUUUCUCUCACAAGCCCCGGGUCGAACGGGCCCUACUCCCCCGGAUUGAGAUCCUUCCACGCAAAGCAAGGCGCCAAUGCCGAUGGCUUCGAAACCAUUGCCAGUCCAGGCGAGAUUCCCAUGCAGUCAUUCGCCGAUGGCCUCCCCCCCGCACCUCCUGUCGGCCACUCGUGGCAGCGGAUAGACAACUGGGCCGACGAGAAUUACCCCGAGCUCUACGACCAGCUCUGCGAAGGCGCAACCAGCAAUGACAUGAACGAAUUGGAACACCAGCUAGACUGUUCGUUGCCGCAGGACGUUAGAGACUCCUUGAUGGUCCACGACGGUCAGGAGCGAGGUGGCACACCAACUGGCAUCAUCUUUGGCUCCAUGCUGUUGGACUGCGAGGAGAUUGUCCAGGAGAGGGACCAGUGGUUGAAGGUGAACCAGGAGUUCCUGCUGGACACCAAUGUCGCCAAACCGGCCGUUCCUUCCAAGGCCUUCGGCGGUGGCGGCAGCAACCACGCUUCGUCCUCGAGGUCUGGCCCCGGGUCAGACGCGGGAUCCAUAGGCUCGACCUGGCGACAAGAACUCAUGGCAAAGCAAGACUCGGUGCCCCAGGGCGCCAUCCAGAGAGUCUAUGCUCAUCCGGGUUGGAUUCCCCUGGUGCGCGACUGGGGCGGCAACAACCUUGCUGUGGAUCUGGCCCCUGGCCCGGCCGGUACCUGGGGUCAGAUCAUCCUGUUUGGCCGUGACUACGAUACAAAGUACGUCGUAGCCAAGUCGUGGGCUCACUUCAUCGCCUUGGUUGCCGACGACUUGAACAGCGGUAGAUGGUUCAUCGACGAGGACUCCAACGAGCUGAAGUUGCGCGAGUUUAACAGUAACCGCGUUGAACCUGCUUAUUUCGAGAUUCUGCGAUGGAGAAUGGACCAGAAGCAUGGCCGUGGAGCAAAGGCUGCUGCAAAGCGGAAAUCCAUGGUUGUUGGAAAGGGCGCUGCUUCACCCACGGCUUCUCCUUACGCGAGCCCAGUCGACACGAACGGCGAGGCCCGUGGAAGAUCUCUCCACAGACUCAGCAGCCCCUCACCUCUGGUAAGCCCCAACCGCCCGGGCUAUGGCAAGUCGAGUCCUCUGGCUAGGGUCACCGAGGAAGGCACCACGUCGGCCCUCAUUGAGCCAGCCCUCGUUACCAACGGACUCCCGGCGGCUAAGUUGGUCGAGGUCGAAACCCCCCUAGCAGCGGAUGAGGCAAAGCCUUCGCUGCUGGACAAGGCCCCCAACGGCGACGACGCGGGAAAAGGCAAAGAGAAUGUCAAAGUAGAGACCACCCCGGCGGACAAGAAGGACACCGAGGAGGUUGAGGAAGGCAUGAAGACGAUCGAGAUCUGA